ACAAAUCGAUCUCGUUGACAGUUCCAUUCUUGUUGUACCAGUUUUGAUGUCGAUUCAUAACCUCGAAUUGAUAUUAUUUGGUAGAUUUUAAGCAGCAGGAAGUAAUCUGAAACCAGUUCAAUGUUUGGUGUCCACUAUUGAGUAUACAGAAAGACAUGGGCUGCCUGAUUUAUACGAAUGAAUAAAUGAAAAUAAAUAAUGUCUGAAAUAAUCGAUGAGAAAGUCGUUGCGGGGGCGAAAAGUCCGGCUGCUGUCAAGGAAGAUCCCAUCGUCGUUUUGACAGAACGAGUACAAUCGCUUUACUUAUUCAGAGACCAUUAUUUCGUUAACAACUCGAUCGAUCGUGCCAUUGAAAAGAGUGGCGAUGUUGAAAAAGAGAUGAGAAAUACUCUGAGUAAGUUUGACGAUUAUAAAGGUUAUGAGAUCGACGGGGCACGGGCCAAAUAUUACUACCUCAAAGGACGAUGUCUGAAUGUGGUAGAUCGCUUUAUGCCUCAGGCCGAAGAGUUGUUGAGUAAAGCGGUAAAACUGGAGCCAAAGUUAGUUGAAGCUUGGAACGAGCUUGGCGAGUGCUAUUGGAAAAAUGAUGACAUUCAACAAGCUAAAAAUUGUUUCGUCGGCGCUCUACCUCAUGGAAGAAAUAAAAUAUCGCUUCGCAAUUUGUCCAUGGUUCUAAGACAAGAACCGACCUCCAGUUAUGAUCAGAGAGUAAACAACGUACAGCUAGGCUUGGAAUAUGCGAAAGAAGCCGUUAGCUUAGAUACUUCGGACGGAACGUCGUGGGCGAUUCUUGGGAAUGCACACCUCUCUUCCUUCUUUGCAAUUAAUCAAAAUCCAAAAACUUUGCGGCAAUGUAUGUCUGCUUAUUCGCAAGCCGAAAAAGAUAUUAUUGCGAGAAGCAAUCCUGAUUUAUUUUACAACAAAGCAAUUGCUCUGAAGUACGAGGAGGAAUAUAAACUAGCUUUGGAAGCGUUCGAUCAAUCAAUGCUGUUAGACCCAAUUUGGGAAACUCCUCGUAUUAAGCAGCAGCAACUUUUGAAGUAUCUCAAGGAUGUACAAGACUUGACUACUACCAAGGGCCGAUUAAAAGUCAAAAAACUUCAUCAGCUUGUGCAGGGUCUGGAUACGAAACAUUUGGGACCAUACAAGGGUGGCUCCUAUACCUUAGGAGAUAAAUCAGUGAAACUAGAUUUAGUUUCGAUGAAAGAUCUGACGCCUGGUGUGAACGUAGAAAAAGUCGUUUAUGGAAAAGUUGUCUGCUGGAUCCAAGAUCCUGACUGCGUACCUUUUACGUUUUGCUUGAUGGAUGCUGACAAAAGCUGUUAUUCCGUCACCGUAUACAAUUUGGCAAGAGGACGGGGAGUUACUGUCGCCGAUACGGUCGUUAUUCCGGAACCCUUUUUGACGCAUCAUAAUUUCUCUUUUCGUGACAACAAUUUCGAUUUUAAAUCAAUACGAGUCGAAACACCUAUCAUAUUAGUCGUCAAUGGGAAGAAAUUGGGCCGUGAUCAACAAGCUAGCGCAAAAUUAUCAACGUUUAAGAAGACGGAUUAGGUAUGCCAUUCAGUUUUUAUCAAAGGGAAACGCGCAGAUUUCCAUUCCACUUUUUGUUUGCGUUGAAUAAGCAAUCUCCACUUCUAAUGCGAAUGUCUUUUAUCUUUAUACAUGAUAUUCAAUCACGUCGAGGUUCUUCGUGUUAGAAAUGCGUUCAUACGUUGAAACAUCUAUUCAUAAAUUACCAUAUUACCACAUCGUUUGCAAGUCAGUAACUCGUCACUGUUUCGAUGUAAAUCCUUGACAUGAAUUUUGUCCAGAUUGUCAACGGGAUUUUUUUCUUACCCAAAUGCCAUGAGCAUACCGAAUUAUUUGCAUCUUUGAAAUGUAUUUGCAAUCUCACUUCCAUUUUCCUCUAAUAUAUAUUAUACAUCGCUUCAUAGGCUCACGUGGAAAUGUAGAUCAUGUUUUUUUACUAUUCUCACAUUUAGCACGUGGAUUUACUGUUACACAAUCAUUACUGAUAUUUGGAAACAGUUAUUUUUGUGACCGAACUGCCUACAGCAUUCUAGUUCAAUUACUAUCAAUUCGGACAAUCCGAUCGUGCUAUUUAAAUUGGGUUCUCAUUUCUCGACUUCUUUUAAAACAUCAAGCCUGUUCCACUAUACCCAAGAAUAAAAUUAUUCUUGA